AUGAGCUGUUGCAGCUCUGUUUUGCCAAAUGGGAAGGAAAUUCUCACACUUCAAAGGGAAAACCAUGUGCAUAGGCUCGAUGUCUUGCUAAGAGUGCUAUUGAUUGUUCAGCAACUUCUGCAAGAAAACCGGCAUGGGUCCAAGAGAGAUAUAUAUUACAUGCAUCCAUCUGUAUUUUCAGGUCUCCAUUUGUCAACAUUGUCAGUUAUUUUAAAGGGCAUAAGUCAGCACUUAGAUAUUUCGGAGAAAUCUGAACUUAAAAAACAGUCAGUUGUAGACCGGGCAAUCAAUGACAUUUGCAUCCUUAUGCAAUGCAGUCGCCACAAUCUAAAUGUGGUUUCUGUGGGCAAUGGGUUGGUGAUGGGCUGGAUAAGAUUCUUAGAAGGUGGAAGGAAGUUUGAUUGCAUAAAUCGUCCUAACACAACCGGUUCUAUUGCAGGCCCCCCCAUCCCUGUUCAAGUUGAAGAAGUCAAAGACAUUGUUAGUGUUGCUGACUACAUUCUAGUUGUGGAGAAGGAAUCAGUAUUUGAGCGAUUAGCUAAUGACCAGUUCUGCAAUGCAAACCGUUGCAUUGUCAUCACUGGAAGAGGCCAUCCAGAUAUCCCCACCAGAAGGUUUUUGCGGCUGCUCAUUGAAAAGUUGUGUCUACCUACCUAUUGUUUGGUUGAUUGUGAUCCAUAUGGCUUCGACAUUCUGACCACAUAUCGGUUUGGUUCAAUGCAAAUGGCCUAUGAUGCAAAGCAACUGCGUUGCCCAGAGGUAUGCUGGCUUGGAGUUUUUCCUUCAGAUUCUGAGAAAUACUGUCUUCCAGAGCAAUGUUUCCUUCCUCUGACAGCAGAAGACAAGAAGAAAGCUGAAACUAUGCUAAAUAGAUGCUACCUGCAAAGAGAAGUCCCAAGAUGGAGGUUGGAACUAGAGUUGAUGCUGCAAAGAGGGGUGAAAUUUGAGAUUGAAGCAUUGUCUGUGCAUUCACUAUCCUUUUUGUCAAAAGAGUACAUAACAUCUAAGAUUCAAGGUGGAGUGCACAUUUAACUCGUCUGAAAAUUUUCAGUGUACCUGCUACCAUCUGGGAGAACAUUUAUAUUAUAUCUGCAAGAUUUAAAAGUUAAAACAUAAUCUUUAAACAAUGUUUUAUAGUUAUAGUAAGAAGUCCAGUCAAAUAGAGCCCAAGAACUCUCUUUUGGAUCCAAGAAACGGCUCUUAGAGAUCUUUUUUCCUUUUGGAAGAUACAAGAGUGAAACACAGCCUAUUGAUAUUGGAAGAGGCAAAAGAGUCUUACAAUGUAUCAUUUUUGGGUCCAAUGAAAUUCUUAGGUAUAGGAAGAAGUCUUAUCAAAUAGAGAUUUUUUCACGCAACCA